AUGGGCGACUCCGCUACGAUGUCGCCGCAGCCACCGACUGGCCUCAUGUCAACCGAGCGCUCGCAAUACCAUCACCACGUCCCCCGGUUCAUCUUAAGGAACUUUGCCCACUAUUCCGACAAAGCGAAGGCAAAGAAACGAAAGCAAAAGCACCAGAAACGAAUAGACCCGGACAUGCUGAACGUCCUGCAGCUUGAGCCAGAAGUCAAGAAGGCUGAGAUGCCACUGGCUCGCGCAUUCGGCCAAAGGGACAUGUACCGAGACUUCCAAAAACCAGUCAACCAGCAGCAUGUUGAGAUACAACUUGGCAAACUCGAGUGUAUUGUAGCCCCGAUAUUCCACAAGAUUCGUAAGGCGCAAGAGAGCGGGCUCUCAGCCGUGCGACUGCUGCGCUCGGAGCGAGACGAGUUACGCAGGUUUCUCUUCGUCAUGCGAUAUAGGGGAUCCAACCAACACAAGCGCUUCUUUGACAAAGACAUCGACAGCUACAACGCAAAGGACAAGGGGAGUCUGCUUCAACACAUGCGUGAGAGAGGGUUCGAGAAACCGAUAGAAGUCUGGUUGGACAACAUCAAGACUAUGGCCGAGGUGAAGAUCGACAAAGAAGGAACAUGGUUCGCCGAAAUCUUGCAAAGAAUCUACCACCGAGACGCAGAUUGGGCCUUCGUUAACAUGCAGGCAAUGUACCUGGCGUUCUGCACACCUUCCAACCCCGACGACGAGUUUCUCCUCACCGAGAACGCUCACGACAUUUUCGAAGGACCCGUCAGCUUCACCCUCGACCCUCUCACCGGCGAAAAGAACACGACGGCCUGCACCGAGUACCACAACUUCUCCGCCAUCUCCCCGAGGGUCAUAGCGGUCCUCCGCAGCACACUCCUGCCCAACACAGAAGAGGACAACAUCCCCGGCGUGCGAGAGAGUCGGCACCUAGAGCGCGAACUCCACCGCUGCAUGCACUCCGCCUACGACCUGACCGCCUCCUUCCUCGAAGACCUCCCCGUCACAAAAGCCCGCAACUCCUACACCACCAUCGUCGACGGCGCGCCCCGUCUCAUCGACGGCGAAGACGGCAGCCCGAAACCCCAUCACACGUUCGACUUCAAGCUCUUCCCGCUCGCCUCCCGCCACGUUCAGAAAAUCAACGCCGUCAUCUUGAACGAGUCGCAUAACAGCUCCUCCAUCGCGUUCGCAUCCCAUGGUGCGGCCCGGCGGGCCCUGGAAUUCUACCUUACAGCCAGUUGUAACGAACCCGGCGCGUACCCCCUCAAGAUCGUCUCCGACCCGUACGAUCCGACGUUGCUGCAGCUGCAGAAGCUAGAAAAGGCUGUUGCGCUCUUAGGAGCAACCGCCCGUCUGAUGUUCAAUGUCGAUGCCGAUGACUCUGGGAGGGACUUUCUCUUUGAGCAAACGGUUUUCGAAGAGAUCAGGCGGCGUGCGGCUGAAAUUCGUGGACACACUUAUACAGGCAACCAGUUCACACCUCCGCUGCCGUGGCAGUACCAGUAUUUCCUGCCCGAGGUGUACGAACAUUUGGAGCGGCUACAGGAGAAAGAGCGGGAGGAGCAACGAUCAGGAAAGGAGGAAUUAGAGAAGAAGAAGCCAGAGGAAGAAGGACCAGAAAAUGAAGAACUGGAGAAGAAGAAACCAGAGGAAGAGGGACCAGGAAAUGAGAAGAACAAACCAAAGGACAAAGGACCAGAGAAGAAGCAACAACGGAAGGGUGCGCAGCACAAGUAUGGGCACCUGCAGGCGAACGAAGAAGGUUCCAAGCUCCAGAAAAACGCCCCCAAACCUUCCAAACGCGCGGCGAAGAGACUGGCGCGCCAGAAGGCGGCCAAGUCUCGCAGUUUGCAAAACGACGAAUCUAAUUCUCGCCCUCCCUUCUACCUGAUCAUCCUUGCCACUUUCAUACUCGGCCUUAUUUGGGGCCUUCGCUUCGUCUACUAUCGCUUGUUUACGUUUCUCUGGAAGUCGUAUUCAUGGACUCGGUAUUUUCUUUCACGCAAGGCAGACCUUCAUUUGGAGCCGGACGCUGCUCAUUCAGAGAAGUCCACACCAGACAGAGUGGAUACUGGUCUAGGUUCCGAAGGAUCGAUGGGUUCAGCUUCGUCAAACGAAACCAACGAUGAAGCGAACUUCGCGGAUGGAGUUCUGAUCAUGUUGACUGUCUAUGCUACAUUCAUCACCGUCGUUGUUGCUUGCUGGUAUUGUUUAAAUCUCUAUGUAAAGGGAACUGAGGGUCUUAUAACUUGGGUUUGGGAAACGGUGAGGGGUCUUCGGGUUUAG